UUCUCAAAAAUGGAUACAGAUCCUAAGCCAGAGGAGACAGCAAUAGAGAUGUACAACAUGUUCUUCUUUAUUGGGAUUCUCUGAACUACAAUAACACUCACCUUGAUAACAGUGUAUUCCUGAAUGAGCUCACUUAGAAAGCACCCUAACAAUAUUUUAUUUCAAAUCUUGGUACUGCAAUUCUUUAUUUCCCUAAAAUACUUGGUUACAGGAGCAUCAUUUAAGAUAACGGGAGAUGACCUGCAUCAUACCCCUUACGGAUUGAUGGACUUCGGAUUGCUCAACUAUGGCUGCAAAAUUGAAGGCUUGAUAGCCUACAUGCUCUUCUUCAUGAUAAUCCUCUGGAACUUCGUCUUUACCUAUGACGUUUACCUCACUGUGAAUAAGCCUUUAUAAUGUACAAUGAGAAUAAUGUCUUCUACUAUAAAAUAUUCGUAUAUUUUGUAGGAAUAAUGUUCUCGAUCGUAAUAUUUUUCCCUAACAUGGAUAUUUUUACCGAAAGUAGCAUAUAUGUGUGCUACAUUAAGAAUGGAGUCGUUUAUAACCUCUUUGUAAACUUCCCAAUUGUUCUGUACUUCUUGGUUAAUGUCUAUGUGUCCUGUAAAUACACUAGAGAGAAGUUUUACAAAGGAUACAUGAGGAAUAGGCAUCGGAUAGACCAAUACCUCAGCAUUCAUAGGCUGUACUUUGUGUUCUGGACUCUAUUCCAAUUCAGUAACUUGGUGUUUGGUUUUGUGACAAACAAGAGCACGACAUUGAUCACGAUCCACAGUAUCAUAAUGGCUCUAACGCCACUAAAUAUCUGUAUUGCUUUCACUAAGGCAGUAAUUUACCCAGAAAUGAUUUGUAUUGAAGAUGAAGAAGAGAAGAUCACUCUCAAUACUCAGACAUUGUUGGACACAGUAAUUAUUUCAAACCCACCUCCUGGACUAGAAAGAAAGAUUAAGCAUAGCAGGAAUCCCUCUGGCAACGCUGAGACCAUGGAGCAGGUUAAAAAGCAUUGGGGAAAAGGAGAUAAUUUCAAAGAAGUCCUCCGCCGUGAGGUCCUUGAAUACAUCGUCAAGGGAUUAGAUGUUGUUUUCAAGAACGAACGUAAAAAUAGCUCAUCCCUUGGAAAUCUUGAAAUUGAAGAUCCAAACAUUCCUAAAGAAAGACCAGGUCUGUUGAGAAGGAUAGUUAAGUUUAUUUUUGGGAAAGAUGAUCUUACAAAAGAAAAUUAUGAAGAUGAUGGCAACAACUCUGCAUUACUAGGCCACCCAGAUGUGCUAAAGAAGGUCAGUGUCCUUACACACAGCCAGAUUGAGAAGGAAACCCAAGUUGAGCAAUGUAUUGUUCUCAGGAAAGCCCUAAACAGAAUGACAAUUCUUCCUUCCAAGACUCAACAAAAGGAUGAUGAGUAUGAUUUUAUUGAACUUGCACCAGCAAUUUUCAGAAAUAUACGGAAGAUUCACAAUGUGGAUGACUAUAUGGUCAAGAAAGUCUUCUGAGUCCAGAACCUGAAAGACUUGGACAUCAAGAUUUCUACUGGGAAAGGUGGGUCAUUCUUCAUCAAGCCGAUCCAAGGUGGAAGAAUGUUGCUCAAAAGUAUUACCAAAGGAGAGUACGAGAUCAUACAGAACUUCCUGAGUGAUUAUUAUUGCUACUUAUUAAUGAAUCCAAACACAUAUCUAUGCCCCAUCUUGGGAGUGUAUAAGCUCAGACUUCAGAAGACCAAGCAGGUUCCUCCAAUCACCUUCAUUUUGAUGAGAAAUGUCUUGAACUUAGAUCCAAAUGACCUCAAGCCUGAAGAUAAGGUGUACUGCUUUGACCUGAAGGGAAGCCUUCAUGGGAGGAGAACCUUAGAAAACCCCAAUGAAAUCCUCAACUUUGAAGAGAAUUACGAAUUUCAUAAGGACCUUGUCCUCAAGGAUAUUGAUUUCUUCCAAUCAUUCAGGAGGCUAGACAUCACAACCGACCAAGCCGAGAAGGUAAUGUCUCAGAUCGAGGAAGACACUAAAUUUUUGACAGAUUGAAACUUUAUGGACUACUCUCUCCUAUUAUUCAUCGUCAUAAAGCCUUAUGAAGAGAUCAAGAGCAUGUUGCCUGAAGGUAUCAGCCAACAGAAUGAGAUAAACCGCUUCAAAAGUAUAGACUUCCAGUCUCCUAGCCGUAGAAAUCAACCAGAGAAGGAUAGUGAAGGAGAAAGUGAUGAAGAAGAACAAACUAAACCAUCUUAUUAUUCUUCUGAUCACAAUACUUUGGAUGUCACUACAAACAAAAGGAACGAUGAUCGCAUGAAAAGAGCUAAAAAGCACUCUAAAAAGCCUGAAGGUAGAGCUGUUCGUACUGUUGUCCGAACCAUUAGUGAUUUCGAUAGUGCCCCUGUAGAACAGAAAGAGGAACAAAUUGAAGAGCAAUUUUCAAAAACUGGUCGAAAUACCCUCUAUAUGUCUGAAGGAAUUGCUAAACAGAAAACCUCAAAAUUUACUAGAUACACUCAUGCUAACAAAGAGAGUCCAGUUCUGGUCUUAAAGGAGAAGAAGGGGAAGAAACUUAGAGUUUACCUUGUCUCCAAUGUGAAUGAUAUUUCGAACAUGAAGUCCAUCGAGCAAGAGGAAAAGAGAAGAGUCACAAUGCUACAGCUCCAACAGAACAAAUUCAGUUCAAUAGAGGAGGCUAAAUCUGAAGAAGAGGAGAACCCUAGUCCUGUUAGUAGAGCGUCUCAGAACUUCGAUGAAUAUUUUAAUGAAGAUAAUCCCUUAAUGAAUUCAGGUACCAGCGUUCUUAAAAACAGAGUCUCAAUUUCAAGACCAUCAGCUACCUUCUUUGGAAGAGAAUCUGUUGCAUCUGUCUCAGGAGGUUUUGGAAGAUCAUCCAUUCUAAAUUUUAACACUGACGUAAAGAAAGUUAAGUUCCGUGAGAGGAAGACUAGCUUCAAGUUGAACACUUUCGAUCCCUCUGGAAGUAAGAAGGAACAAGGCAUAGAGAGCAAGCUCAAGGAAAUAGACCAAAGGCUUCUGAAAGAAUAUCAUAAGAACAGGCAUGGGUUCAAAGAGAACCAGAUCAUCGAACUCUCAGACUGUCUUGAAGACAGCGAAGAAGAAAGAGAAGACUCUCUCAAUACUCCUUGGAAGAAGAUAAGCGACACAGAAGUAAUUGAGCAAGUCAUUUUCGACCCACAACUCGGCAUGGUAAAAAGAGAGAUCCACUUUGGGAUAAUAGACUACAUCACAACUUUCACCUUCAUGAAGAAGGUUGAGGAGAAGAUCAAGAGUCUGAUCCAAGACAAUCCUUCUGCUGUGAGGCCGAAUGUGUAUGCACACAGGUUCACCGAUUGUGUCAAGAGCGCAUUUGAAUAAGACUUUUUAAAAUCUAUUCA